CUCUGUUUCCUUCCGGGUUGCUGCCCGCAGCCGCCUCCUCCUCUUCCUCCCGCGGUUUGGGCCAUGGGGGCUGCCGGCGGGGACGCCCAAGCCGGGGCAGCGGUGGCGGCUCCGCUGGAUCCCGGGCGCGGGCAGCCCCUGGCCCGGGGGGGCAGGAGCCCUGCGGCGUCCCAGGACAAGCUCUUCUUAAUUAAAGGUGGACUUUUUCUAGGUACGGUUGCUACAGCAGGAAUGAUAGCAGGUUUUGGGACCACGCUUGCCAUGACAAAAAAGAAGAACCCAGACUGGUUCAGUAAGGGGAUUACUGCCACAGCUGCAUUACCAGAGAGUGGUUCGUCACUGGCCUUACGAGCCCUGGGAUGGGGCUCACUCUUCGCAUGGUGCGGAGUUGGAUUGCUCAGUUUUGCCAUCUGGAAGGCUCUGGGUGUGCACAGUAUGAAAGAAUUCCAAACUAAAAUGCAGUCAAUGUUUCCAGCAAUUCCUAAAAAUAACGAGUCCACUGUUGAAUGGGAAGACUUACUUAAAUCCAAGUGAAAGACUCAGAGCCAUUUGGAGACAUCUCUUUCAGCAAGAGCAGGAGUGGAAGUAGCAGAAGUGCCCCAUCUGAAAAACAGAGAAGAAAAUUCAGACUGAGCAAGUUACUGACUGAGUUCACUGAACCCAGAGAUGCCAGUUAAAAUCUAGCAGUAAGGGAAUUAAAAACAAAGCACAACAAUUUCUAUUGCACUUUUCAGUGUGCUUGGUAUAGUUGAUUCGUGAGGAAAUGAUACCUCCAAGGUAAGUUGGAUCGAACUUGAAAAAAAGACUUUUAUGAAGACUUAAAGAAGAACCUGAUCCUCAGUAGUAAAUACAAGGACAAACCCCCAAUAAACUCUCAUCCUAUCCUGCAUCUUAAGAGGAAUUUUAGGAGAUUUCUCUAGGUAACAAGGAACGGUACUUUCAGUGACAUUUACACAUCCCAUUAGGAACAUAACAUCAAGUCAAUCAUGACAGAUAUGUUAUUAAACCUGAAGGUAAAGCAUACAGUGCACUUCUCUAAAAGUAAAGAAGACAUUUACAUUUACAACAGAGAAAAUGUCUAAACCAAAUUGAGUUUGUAUGUCUGAAGGGAACAUUUAAAACAUCCAGUGACCUACUGAGCACGUCUGUAGAGCACCAGAAGAGAUCUCUACGAAGUACACUGUUUUCUCAUUACUGGCUUUUUUUAUUGGAUACCACAAUAGUGAAUCUAAUUAGUUUGCAUAAAAGUCUCUACUAGAUUUGUAUAACAAUUUAAGUCAUAAGUGAAAAAGGUUUAUAACAGACACCCAGUCUGCCCUACACAAAUAUUUUCAGCUGAGAAAGUGUAUGGGCAAGGCCAGUGGGGUUUUUUGUGGGUUUUUUCAGUGUUCCUUUGGCUUUUCUACCAGGAGAAACAAUGUGGCAUUUUUCACACUGCUGUAAUCUCUUGAAGUGUGGGUGUAAGCUAGGAAGAAUAAUGUGUUACUUGAACACUGUGUUUGCAGAACUGUAGAUCUGUAAAAAUGCAGAAAUUUAAAAAAAAAAGCUAUCAGUGAACAAUCCUUUGUUGGAUGCUCAGUUAUCAGGUUUGGGGUUUUUUUAUUAAUUGCAUGCAGUUCAAUUAGUCAGUUGUCAGUUUUAAUAAAGUCAUCUUAAAAUCUGUCUGUUGUGAUUAAGUCUUUAUAUUCCUGGGAAAGAAUAUGAAAAAGCUUUAAAUGUCAGAUGAAUAAUAGAGAAGUAUGGUUUUCCUGUGAAACAUGACAGCACUAAAAUAAUAUCUUUAAAGAACUGAAGUGUAAUAGCUGACAUCUUUUGCAUAGCUUGAUUCUUGUAAUGCAAUAUUAAAUAAAUUGUGGUGAAUACUGCCAUCAUACGCACAUGAAAGAUGGUACUGUUUUCAUAUUUCUCUUAGUUUGUGUGCAUGGUGAUACCUGUAUUGCCUCUGCUUAUGCAUGUUAGUGCUGAGGUACCAAGUUUAACAAGUAG